AUGCAAUCCCUCCGCCCCCGCCGCCCCUUCACCCACACCUCCAACUCCGACUCCGACUCCGACUCCGAUUCCUCUCCCACCGCCCUCGACGAGCAAGAACAAGAAGCCCUAAUCCAAUCCCUCACCCACCAAAACGACGCUCGCAACGCUCAAUUCCGCCUCUUCCUCCUCGCUCUACCCCUCGUAUCCGCAAUACCAUACCUCCUCGCCCUAACCCAACUCCAACUUCAACCCCACAGCAACAACAACAGCAACAACAACAACAACCGCAUACGCGCCCUCCUCAGCCUAACCAGUCUCGCAGCCACAGCCUGGACCCUAUGGGCCCUACCGCCCGGGACCACCGGGAUCCGCGAGGUCGACAGUUGGGCCAGCAACACCAGUACCAGCGGUGGUGAUGGUGAUGGUGGGUAUGAUGGUAGGAAUAGGAAAGAAAGCGAUAAGAGCAAGAGAAACCAAAACCAGCCCGAACGAUACAACAACGCCGUCAACACGCCUUUCCGGGGCGAACGGCGUCGCAGCUCCCCGCUAGCCGCGUACCUACCGUAUCUAAACGUGGGUCUUUGCGCGGUCCUAGUCCUCGCCGGGCUCGUAUCGAAACCAGAUGCCUCUGCGGAGGGGCCGCAGCAGAAAUGGGGCCACGUCGGACUGAGCAACUUACCCGCCGUCGUGUACGGGGUCGUGGUAAUCGCCAAAAUAGUCAUGGGCGGCGUGGACCCGGAGAGGGAUCUAAGUGCGCUGCGGUACGAUUACAAGGGGGCUUAA